GAAAUCAAUUUGGUCAUGCACCUUCACAACCGUGCGCGUUUGCAGGUGGGCAAGCCGGCUGAAGCGGCUGACGUUUUCCUGGGUACGGGAGUCCGGCAGGGAUGCUCGCUUUCUCCACUACUUUGGGCAUUGAUCACCGGGAGGGUGUACCGCAUGUUUCAAGCAGAGCUGCGCAGCCAGUCUCUCUCAGAGGGCCUCAUCAACAUUUUUGCUGACGACUUUUUCGGAAGCUGGCUGGUGAAGGACUCCCUAGCCUUUGCCAGGGCCAUCAGAGCCAUUGGCGUACUAGUAGCCACCCUUCAAAAGGCAGGCCUCCAGCUCAGUAUGGAGAAGACUGUCAUCUUGCUUGCCUUGGGUGGCACCAGUGCACCAUCUGUUCUGGCCAAGCACCGUAAGUACAUCGAGGAUGUGCCCCAUCUAGUCAUCCCGGUUGGUCAGUCUAGGCUUUCCUUCAAAAUCGCGACUACGCACCGCUAUCUAGGCGCCAAGCUGGCUUAUAAGGGGUUUGAGCUCUUGAACCUUCGGCACAGACUGGAUGUCGCAUGGGGCAGCUUCUGGCGCCUGCACCAUAUUUUCAAGUCCAGAGCACUAGGUCUGCCAUCGCAGGGCCCUCUUCUAAUUCGCCAAGCAGUUAAUCGGCAAUUGCGAAUGAUAGCCCGUUCCCCAGCUCACCUGUGGCACAUUCCCUCAGCAGAGAUCCUCCAGCCAGGCAUCGCACCAUGGCUGGAAGUGUUGAGGCAAACCUUCAGGUACUCCUCCGCUGAGGUUGCUGAAGCAGCGCUGGAGGUAACAGCCCCUGCUUUGGAGUGUACUGUGGACAAGCCUCUCCGGGCCGAUCCGGACAAGUCCCGAACUAGACGUCAGGACUGUGCAUCUGUCGACACUGCCAUCGCUCAUGGAGUCUCCCGGGACGAGCUGCUGGAAGCGGCAGCGGAACUGCAGCACAUCCAAACCAUGGCAAUCCAGGGACAGAACUUCUUCGGACCACCACAGGGUCUUUCGUCUGCCAUGCCAGCCCUCCCUCCGACAAACACCAUGGAGGUUCAGACCCCUCCGAGGCACUCCGAGUCACGGCAGCAGCCCAGGCCCAGUCAGUUCCCUUCGCAGCCCAAGUACCCCAAAACCAACGGCAAGGGGACGGAUCAGGGCAAAGGUCAACAACACGAGGCCUCAACGGAGAGUCAGCAACAAACCCAACGCGGUCGCCACAGGCCGCAGUUCCAGGGACAGCCGAGCAAUGCCCAGACAAGCCGCUCAGGCAACCCUCGCUCCAGGACUUCUGGAAGCGACAGCCUGGUGGAGCACAUGGCCCAACUGCUCAUCCGACACGACAACUUUUGGAACGGAAUGCAGACGUCAACGGGAUGGAUCAUGUUUCUCGGCACAGCACCGCCUCUCACCACAUUGCCGCUCCUGCAUCAGAUCGGCACCGAGUGGCACCGCAUGAAGGCCGAGGAGCCAGCAAGCCUCCAGCAGCCGAUGAGGGUCAUCUUGUACCAGACGUGGGCCAACGAGAUGCGCAAAAGAGUCCACGAGCUGCAGACGGAUCAGGAAAAGAUGCAGGAGGCUGUCCGCAGGGGAAUCCUGACCGAAACAGGCCACUUCAAGUUUGUCCAGUGGAACAAGGAGGCACAGGCACUACGCGAGGUGACCAGCAUUGCCCCGUUGAGCCUACAGGAGGUUCUCUCCCUCCUCGACGAGUCCAUAGUGCUCAGCAUUGUGGACGGGGUUCUCAUCAACUUCCACCCGACCAGGACACUGGCAGAGCACAUGACCGGCCCGACGGUCACGUUCAGCUUAACAGUGGGUCUUCGAGAGCCGAAGGCGUUUCGCUUUUGGUCAAUCAUGGAGGCACUGUCAGGCAAUGCAUCGCUCCAGCUGGUGGCGACCACCCUUCGUCGGGAACGACGCCAGAGAUCGGCCCUAGCCCAGACCAUUGCGCAGGAGCUGAGACGUCAGUAG